AUGUUAAAACAAUUUAAAGAGUUCUUAAAUACUCCAUAUCGGAAGGUAACUCCUAUAAAUAUUUGGAAUGCUUCAAAAUGCACAUGGAAUUACUACUCACAAAGAAGAGAAUUAUCAGUUAAACAUAAGCUCCGGCCUUAUCAUUUGCCAUACCUGAUUUUUCAGCAGCAAUAUUUAGAUUAUAAAAGAUGAAAAAACUCAUUAGACUUCAAUACAAAAUUAUAUAGAUAUCAGCAUAAAGAAACAAUAUUCAGAGAUAUCACUGAAGUAAAAUAUUUUAUUCCAGACAGACAGAGAAUAUUAAAGGAGUCGAUUAAGCCCGGACUGACUUUAAAGCAAAAAUUGAUGCAUUUUUGGAGCGAAAUCAAGGUAGAAGGUCCGCUACAUAUCAUGAUACCAGGGAUCUUACAGAAUUUCUUAAAAUAUCUACGGUCUGCCAAAUGGCUUGACUCUUUCUCAAAAUGGAUAAUUACAUACGUCAACCUCUACCACAAAGCUUUACAGGAACUUGUAGAAGGACACAGAGAAGUAACAAAAAAUCACAGCACUGAAAUUAAUGGGAAAACUGUCGAGCAAAAAAUAAAAGAAUUCGAAGAAAAACUUCAAUCAAACCAAUUCUCUUAUGAGCAUGCAAGGUCGCUUAUUAAAAAUAAAAAAGAUGAGAAUAAUUAA